AUCCAGACUUUUUUUUUUAACCAUCUAUUAAACCAGACACAGACCAGACCCUGAAGGAAAAGGGGUUGAUCUCUCAAGAUGGCAGCAUUUUAGAGGCUCUAUUGCGCACUGACCCCCUGGAGAAGUGACGUGCUCUAGAUCCGGAGAGGAUGAUGACAGCCUGGGUAAGUUUCCUGUGACUGACAGUUGAGCAGGGACAUGGAUUCUAGGACCAGAUGACUUCCUGGAUGACCCUGAUGAUGAGGACUGUUAAGAAGACAUUCCCAGGUGUCUGGGUAAGGGGGAAAUCCAAGGGUAGAGGUGUGAACAGUGCCUAUACAAAUCUGGACACUUCCAUCCUGGGGAUCGGGACAAGCCCUGUGCCUGUGACAUUUGUGGACAAUGUUACAAGAACUGACCAGGCCUCAGUCACCACUCCCACUUGGCUAAGGAGCAGGGUGAGGAUAAGGAAGACUCACAGCCACCCACCCCAGCUUUCUGAGAUCAGAGGAGCAGAAAUCCAAGAAGGGUCUGGACGGAUUGGCCCUGCCCAACACUAUGGUGACUUCUGCCUUGGGAACUCAAAGAUCAACAAGAAGACAGGGCAGUCCAAGGAGCUGGUGUCUUGUUCUGAUUGUGGCCACUCAGAGCACCUGUCUUUCCUGAACUUCACCCUGGUGACGAUGGCAGCUGUGAAGACCUGCUGCUGGCAGUGCAUCUAGCACAAGUGCUGCAACAUCUACAGCACCUUGGAGACACUGUGCAGCACCUUGGAGACACUGUGCAGCACCUUGGAGACACUGUGCAGCACCUUGGAGACACUGUGCAGCGCCUUGGAGAUCACUGUGACAACUGUGAUGGUGGCUACCAUAUGUACUACCUCACCCCAUCCGUGUCUGAGCCUCCUGAAGGAAGUUGGAGCCGCAGCUUGUUUCUGGACCUGUGGAAGGAGAGAGUUUCCAUCUACUGGAACCAGAACUCCUCUUGAUAUGCUCCCCACCCCCACUGCCUCCAUACCUCUAGGGCUGUCGUUCUCUUCCUCUCUUGUUUUUCAUGCCACCUUUCCCUCUUCUUUCGCAAGUGCAGAGAACCUCGGGUAGUUGUGCUAGUCUGCUUUUGGCAGCAGUAAGCUCAGGUGGCAACUCUGCCCCCCUCUGGCCACCGGGAGAUGUUGGAUAAUGUGCCUGUUUUUUAACUCCAUGAAAAGGUCUACCUCCGAAAUCCCCUUUUGUUCUUCCUAGACAUGCAGCUCCUGCCCCUAACUGAAUUGGGAGCCUCUGCCUCCUGCUCUGUGUAUCUUGGCUUCUGGGUCACAGGGAGGCCACAUAGACAUCCCUUUCUUCCCUUGCAUGCUCACUAGCAGCUGGGAAGAUCUUCACACCCUGAUCCCUCAGUUUUUUGCCUGGGGACACUGAGGUGGAGUAGUUGGCACCGGGGUGGGGGUGGGGCAAUCCAUGCCAGGGCACUCUGGAGUGGCCUUCCCCUUGGCUGUGGGCAGGCCCUAAUUCACUGUCACUUUGGAGUUGAGGUGUCUUUUUUCUUUCCUUACUUUCUUUCUGUAUUCUAAACAUUUGUACAAAUAAAUACUUUUACAUGUAAAAAAAUCAUGGUAACUGCUGAGAAAGAUGUAGAAGUUCCUACCACUCUCCCCACUAUACUGUGGAUCGUUAUUUGCUAUAUAGUAUUCUUGCAAAUCUGUUAGUACUAUUUUUGUGUCUAUGCAAACUUAUGUAAUUAACUUUAACCAAAGUAUAGGCCUCACCAUUCAUAGGUGUGAAUAUUAUGCUAUUCAAAAAGACCCAGAAAUCACUUGAAUGCUGUUCAUUUUCCCAAUAGCUAGUGAGAAGUGUUUUCAAAUUCUUGAAAAUCUUAUCUUGUUGCUGGAGUCAUAUUUGAAUUAUAAAAUAUUUCUUGGGGGAUAGUGACAUUUUUUUCCCCUGAAGCCAUUUGGGGAUAAUAAGAUAAUUCCCAGCCUGGUUUUGUUGUAAGCAUGGUCCUCAGCCUUUCAAAUAUGUUAUCAGAUCACCUCUCCUGUGCUUUCAUUUUAAGGUACUUGAACAAAAUAGUUCUCCACCAAAGUCUGUAAGGGAGUAUUUGACUUGUUUGAAUUAAAUCUAUGCCGUCAAUAAGGAGCUCAUAUUGGGAGGAGGUGGAGUGGGGAAUCAGUUCUAUUUUAUUCUCCUUUUUAAUACUUUGCAAACCUCACCAUGGUCUACAAGGAUUAUCUGCUUCUUAAAACACUUCUUUGCUGUUCUGAAAUGUUUACUUCCAACAGGAACUUGAUGGAUGUUUAACAUUUCUGCACAUUAUAUUACUUUUGCUCAUCCAGUUAAAAUCCCAACAAGCCUGGGCUUGACAUUGAGUUGGAGGUACUAUCACAGCUUUCUGUUCUCCUUAUAAAAAGUGAGCAGUUCGUUAUGUUUUGUCAAAAUGUUCUAUGUCAGUGCUGUCCUCAUUAAUGCUGUGCCUUCUUGGUGACUCUGUAACAGUUCAAAUUGCUUUAAAAAGUUACUCUUAAGAAUGCCAAAAAGGAAAGGAAUUCAUAUAUCUUUAUGUCUCUCAUUUUGGAUGGUAUAUAUUAUUGUUUCCCUAGGGAGGCAAACAAACAAAUAUUGAAGAUAUUUGCAACAUGAAGUGAGGAGUGAGUUUGCCAUUAUAGGCCACUAGGUUAUCUUGGUUAAAUUCUCUAAUUUGUCUGAAUCUUAGUUUACUUCCCUGUAAGGUGAACACAAUAAAAUGUAUUGACUUGUUGAAGUUGAUGCCAUUUUAAAAUGUGU